GCUGUUAUAGCUAGCUAGUAGUAGCUAUCCAUCAACCCAGGACUACUGUGUCUACAUUUCUGUUCUCGUCACAUUUUACACACAAUGGACUGUUCGUCUUUGACAUAUUGAGUGAUGUCUGAUAUCCGCUUGUCCCUGUUGCGGCGUGAUGCCCUGAGCGCUGCUAAGGAGGUGCUGUAUCAUCUGGACAUCUCCCUGGGCAGUGCCCUCCAGACCACAGGGGGCGCUCUCGCCUCCUCCCCUGCUGCGGCUGCUGCUGCUACGCCCAUAGACAAGAACACCAUAGAGCUAGUGGAGGAGUUUAUAUACAAUGCACCUAAAGACAGAAACACACAGCCCAAGAGGCUCUCGUGUCUUCAGGAGCUCCAGCUGCUGGAGAUCAUGUGCAGCUACUUCCAGGAGCAGUCUCGCGAGGCCGUACGCCACCUCAUCUUCACCGCCCUCUUCGGUCUCCAGGGAAACGCCCUCGACGACGGUCGCCUGGCGAUGCUGGCCAAGCUGGUAUCCAUGGCCAUCGCUCUGGGACGCACGCCCAUACUAGACUGCACCGCGACCUGGCUACAGCGUUCACAUGCGAUGUGUUGUGUGCGUGUGGUGCGUGUCUUGGUGGAUGACUACUGUAAAGUGGUUCCCGGGUCGUCCUCCACCCUGAAGCAAGUGUUCACCGCCAGCCCAGCGUUCUGCUGCCAGUUCAUCACGGCUGUCACCGCACUCUACGAUCUGUCUUCAGAGGACUUGACCCCGCCCCUCACCCUGCUGGAGAUGGUUGUUGAUUGGGUAACGGACGACCCCAGGCUCCUCCUCCUCACCUUCUUGAACACGCCUCUCCCGGCGGCCAGCCUAUCACCGCGCGGCUGCCUGGAGCUCACCCCCUUAUUGGGCUUGCUGCGCUGGUCCGUCAAGGCCCCGCUGGCCAACCAGAGGAGCCGAAAGCAGGCGCUAGCCAAUGGCCACGCAGAGUUGGAGAAGGAGGCGGGACAAUGGCAGGAGGCCGAGGAGCUCUACUCUAAACUGCACCUCAAUGUCCUGCAGGUGUUUCUUAUGUUACAGGUGCACCUGACAGAGAAGAACCUGAUUGGUCAGUUCUCUGUGCUGCAGUGGGAGCAGGUGGUGGGCCUGGUGGAAGAGGUGGGUCGUCUGGGGGAGGGGCUUAACCCUCUCCACGCCGCCAAUCAGAUCAGUCUGGCGCUGGAUAGGCUGGCUCAGGCCUUGCAAGUAGCCAUGGCUACCGGGGCGCUGCUCUGUGCACGAGAGGAGCUCCGGCCACUGUGCUCCAGACUGCCACACAACAACCUGAUGCAGCUGGUGAUGUCUGGUCCCUUCCAGCCCCCGAUCUACCCCCACCUCCACGCCCCCCGCCCCCUACACACACACACACACGCCGCGCUCUCCCCUCACCCACAUACACACGCGCUCCCGCACACACACGCACUCCCACACCCGCACACACACGCCCUGUCGCCACACAGCACACACCCCGCGCUUCAGACGCACGCACACACACACACCGUCAUCUCCCCACACACCUUCCACCCGGCUAUGGGGUUCCCAUACAGGCCCAUACGCUGAACACACACACACACACACACACACACUCACACACACACACUCACACACACACACACACACACACACACACACACACUCACACUCACACACAGGCCAAUACGCUAC